CCCCUGUUUGCUCUUUUCCUCCCCUUCUUCUGCUUCUACUCCAAGUAAGUGUACUGCGCCCACCUUGGAGCGGGCACCCCGCGGGCCUUCCUGCAGCCGUCACCGACCCGACCGAAGCCGGGUGAGCCGCAGGCGCCCCGCGGGCAGCUCCCCUGCGCGUCCGGGCAGCCGCUACAGAAGGGGAGAAGGAACCCGCGCGUCGCCUCGCCUCCCCCUCCACCCCUUUUCCCGGCCAUCCAGCCCCUAAGCCAACCCCCCGGGCCCGAACGCAUGAAUCUCCUGGACCCCUUCAUGAAGAUGACCGACGAGCAGGAGAAGGGCCUGUCCGGCGCCCCCAGCCCCACCAUGUCCGACGACUCGGCGGGCUCCCCGUGCCCCUCCGGCUCCGGCUCGGACACGGAGAACACGCGGCCCCAGGAGAACACGUACCCCAAAGGCGAGCCGGAUUUGAAGAAGGAGAGCGAGGAGGACAAGUUCCCCGUGUGCAUCCGAGAGGCGGUCAGCCAGGUGCUCAAAGGCUACGACUGGACCCUGGUGCCCAUGCCCGUGCGCGUCAACGGCUCCAGCAAGAACAAACCCCACGUCAAGCGCCCCAUGAACGCCUUCAUGGUGUGGGCACAGGCGGCACGCAGGAAGCUGGCGGACCAGUACCCGCACCUGCACAACGCCGAGCUCAGCAAGACGCUGGGCAAGCUCUGGAGAUUGCUGAAUGAGAGCGAGAAGCGACCCUUCGUGGAGGAGGCGGAGAGGCUGCGUGUCCAGCACAAGAAAGACCACCCGGAUUAUAAGUACCAGCCUCGCCGGAGGAAGUCGGUGAAGAACGGGCAGGCGGAGGCCGAGGAGGCCACGGAGCAGACCCACAUCUCCCCCAACGCCAUCUUCAAGGCGCUGCAGGCCGACUCUCCACAUUCCUCCUCCGGCAUGAGCGAGGUGCAUUCCCCCGGCGAGCACUCCGGGCAAUCCCAAGGCCCCCCGACGCCCCCCACCACCCCCAAAACCGACGCGCAGCCGGGCAAAGCCGACCUGAAACGCGAGGGGCGGCCCCUGCCUGAGGGGGGCCGGCAGCCUCCCAUCGAUUUCCGCGACGUGGACAUCGGCGAGCUGAGCAGCGACGUCAUCUCCAACAUCGAGACCUUCGACGUGCACGAAUUCGACCAGUACCUGCCCCCCAACGGCCACCCGGGGGUGCCCGUGACCACGCACGGCGGCCAGGUCACCUACACGGGCAGCUACGGCAUCAGCAGCGGAGGCGGCGGGGCAGCGGCCACGGGAGCGCCCGGCCAGAGUCAGGGCCACGUGUGGCUCUCCAAGCAGCAGGCGCCCCCGCCACCCCCGCAGCAGCAACCCCAGGCCCCGCAGCCGCCGCAACAGCCCCCGCAGGCCCCGCAGCCACCGCAACAGCCGCAGCAGCAGCCGCCCCCGCAGCCCCAGGGCGCCCCGCAGCCUCCCACCGCGCACACGCUCACCCCGCUAAGCAGCGAGCCGGGCCAGGCGCAGCGCACGCAGAUCAAGACGGAGCAGCUGAGCCCCAGCCACUACAGCGAGCAGCAGCAUUCCCCGCAACAGCUGGCCUACAGCCCUUUCAGCCUCCCGCACUACAGCCCCGCAUACCCGCCCAUCACCCGCGCUCAGUACGACUACGCGGCCGCGGCCGCCGCUGAGCACCAGAACUCCGCCUCUGCCUCCUACUACAGCCACGCGGCCAGCCAGGGCGCGGGGCUCUACCCCACCUUCACCUACAUGAACCCCGCGGCGCAGCGACCCAUGUACACCCCGAUCGCCGACCCCUCGGGGGUGCCGUCCAUCCCGCAGACGCACAGCCCGCAGCCCUGGGAUCAGCAGCCCGUCUACACGCAGCUCACCCGGCCCUGAGCCGGCCAUCUCCUCUGUGCGCCCUAGGCGCGCGCGCGCGCGCCUCCACCGUCUUCAUCUCCAUCACCACCACUUCUA